UCCCAGUCACAAGCCGGCCUACGCAAUCGGGCACUCACCCCUUCUGCGCUCUCGUCUGUCAGCUUUCAUUGCCGCGCGGCCGCGCCCACGACCUGCUCGACGAAUCGCCGCUUCCGCCCCCCGCCGCGAUGCCGACGCCCCUCGCCCCGGCGCUGCUGCUACUGCCCGCCUCUCCCGCACCGCGCUUGCCGCGGCCGCGGCCCGGUCCCUCACGGCGUGCGCGGCCGCCCGUGGUCAGGGCGGCCGCGCUCCACGCCCUGCCACGGCGCCUCGAGCUCUGGCCGCCGCGCCUCGCGGCGGUCGAGAGCAAACCGCCCCCGCCGCCCUUAGAGCCGCCCGAGCCGGGCGAGGAGAGCGCCGUCUCAGGCUUCGAUGCCAGGGCCGGGGGAGGUGACGGUGGUGGUGACGGAGGUGGCGGCGGUGAUCUUGGGUGGUUGAAGGCGUUCCCGCACGUGCUCACCGCGUCCAUGGCAAAUUUUCUCUUCGGUUACCACAUUGGGGUCAUGAAUGGCCCAAUAGAGGACAUUGCAACAGAGCUUGGUUUUCAAGGAAAUCCGUUCCUCCAAGGUCUUGUGGUGAGCAUAUUCAUUGUUGGUGCCUUUUUUGGGAGCUUAGGCUCAUCUGCAUUAGUAGAUAAGUUUGGCUGCAAAAGGACUCUUCAGAUCGUCAGUAUUCCAUUGAUUAUUGGAGCUCUCCUUAGUGCGCAGGCUGAUUCUUUGGAUGAGAUGCUUUUGGGAAGAUUCCUUGUUGGCAUCGGGAUUGGCGUAAACACUGUUCUUGUUCCAUUGUACAUCUCUGAGGUUGCUCCAACAAAAUAUAGGGGCACUUUGGGAACUCUGUGUCAAAUUGGAACAUGUCUAGGCAUAAUUGCUGCACUUUCUUUGGGGAUACCUUCUGAGAGUGAUCCACAUUGGUGGCGAACAAUGCUUUAUGCUGCAUGUGUACCUGGGGUUCUUAUUGUUGCUGGGAUGCAAUUUGCUGUUGAGAGUCCGCGUUGGCUUGCCAAGGUUGGAAGGUUCGAUGAUGCCAAAAAGGUUGUAGAGAGCCUUUGGGAACCUUCUGAAGUUGAGAAGUCCAUGGAAGAGAUCAAAGCCGUUGUGGUAAAUGAUGAUUCACGGGGCAGCUGGUCAGACCUUCUGGUGGAACCACAUAACAGAGUUGCAUUGAUUGGAGGGUCCCUUUUCUUUCUGCAACAGUUUGCUGGAAUAAAUGGUGUUCUUUACUUUUCAUCGUUGACAUUCCGUGAUGUUGGCAUUACAAGUGGUGCUUUAGCAAGUUUAUAUGUUGGAAUAACCAACUUUGGAGGGGCACUAGUUGCUUCAAAUUUGAUGGACAAGCAAGGGCGAAAGAAACUUUUGAUAGGAAGCUACCUUGGAAUGGCUUUUGCAAUGUUCCUUAUAGUAUAUGGUAUUAGCUUCCCGCUUGAUGAAGGAGUUGCCCACAGCCUUUCAAUCGCUGGAACUCUUUUGUACAUUUUUACUUUUGCACUUGGUGCUGGACCAGUUACCGGUAUCAUUAUACCAGAGCUCAGCAGUGCUCGGACACGCUCAAAAGUUAUGGGCUUCAGUUUUACUGUGCAUUGGAUAUGUAACUUUCUGGUUGGACUAUAUUUUCUGGAGCUUGUGAACAAGUUUGGGGUUGGAGCAGUCUAUGCAGGUUUUGGUGCGGUCUCCCUGCUGACAGCAGUCUUUGCCUACAAUUUCAUAGUUGAAACAAAAGGACGUUCGCUUGAGGAAAUUGAGAUGUCCUUGAACACUGCUACCCCUGGCAAGCAAGAGUAGAACAUCUCAAUUAUAUGGACAAACUGAACUACUGUGGGGAGGAAUUUAAGAGCAGAGGCCCAUCCAAUGUAGCUUACUAUCUAUUGAACUAACAUGUGUAAUGUACUUGUUGUAGGCUAGUGGCUAUGUCAAAGCAUUUUCCCAUAAUCCCAUCAAUCUUCAGCAGCAGCAAUUUGUUAACAUCAACUCCUAUAGUUAUACCCAUGUAUAUAAUGCAUAGCAUAAUCAAAUUCAGCUUAUUUUUUGGUAGCAUGAGAAUUGUUGUACAACAUUAAAAAGGGUGAAGAAAAUGCCCCUUUUCAUUUUUUUUGGGUACAUCUGCUGUAUAUUUUACACCUUUUUAGUAUGUAAAUAAAGGGAACAAAUGUUUUUAAUAAUUUCUGAUGUUGCUUGAUUGGUGAA